UAGAUAUAUGUAUGUAUGUAAGAGUGUGUGUGAAACCUACUCAAGUAUAUAUGUAUGUAUGAAGAUUCAUACAUAGACGAGGAACAGUCACUCAUAGAUUAUAUUUCGCAAAAAAUCUUUCAGGUGGGCAUUUAUUUAACAGCGCCUUUGAAGUUCAAGACACUUAAAUACAUAGCCAUUUGCAAAUAAAACAAAAAGAAAAAUGACAAAUCUGCAAUAGGUACAAAACAAUUAAGUAUUCCGUUUAAUUACUGGCUAACAACAGUUAAAAUAAUUAGUAAAACGUGGUGUAAUGUAUUCAAGCUGUUUCGCAUGCGCUGCUAACUACAUAUGUAUGUAUGUACAUUGAAUUAUUCACUAAAGUAGCGCGUUGAAGUCCGCGUUGUUUCACAUUUUCCACUGAAACGGUGAAUUCCCAUGCAGAAUAAUAAUUUGCAGCACACCAGCAACGUUAAGUUCUCUGACAAGCACAUCACAGCCAACCAACGUUCGCGUCCCGGAGUGCGGUUUAUAAUAGAGGGAAUCACGUUCGUAACAACCGUUAAGUGUGUUCCAGCCCAAGUCAUUUACCUUUAUACGCACCUAGGCCUUACAUAUACAAUAUCAAUAUCCAACAAAGCAGAUCUUUCAGUUUUACUUAUUUUCUUAAACAAGAAAUAAAUAAAAAAUAAAAUCGUGUAAAGGAUUGGUGGUUUUCUACAUAAAGAAUUAAGUUGGUAAUAAAUAUAUGUACAUGGUUUUAUGAACGCACCAGUGCUUAUUUUACAAAGCGAAUACAAGUACAUAUAUCAGCUGUGAAAGUUUUUGCUGCUACUACAAGUGUGAGACAGUAAAAGACGAUCGUGACUCAGAUUGUUUCCAAUAAGUGAAUUGGUCGAUAUAACACAUUUCGGCUUGCCAUACACAGUAACCAACUGAGUGUAGCCUUGAUAAAUAAGUGGAAUAGAAAGAACCGGGGAAAAAACAAAACAAUAUAAAAAUGGAUUACAUUGUGAAAGCUUACAAAGAUUGGAAACUUCACUCUCAGUUUCAUGAGAUCGUACCCGAUAUGGAUGAUGCCGAUUACAUGAUGUUUAAUGAGAAGCAAUCUAUACGUGAAUCUGCGCGUUCACUCAAAAAGUAUGGCAGUACCUGCUGUAAUCAAAAUUUGCGAAACAAUGAGACGCUUAUCCGACAUGAUGUCGAAAAGACAGACACACUGCAGGGCAUUGCACUGAAAUAUGGAUGCACGACGGAGCAAAUACGACGCGCCAAUCGCCUUUUUGCCUCGGACAGCUUGUUUUUGCGUCAAUUUUUAUUAAUACCAGUGGAUAAGUCGUCGCCAUAUUACCCGAAAAUAGAUGAAAAUAAUCCAUUGGAAAUUAGUUCCAACAACACUGAACUACAAAACAACAAAAACACAGAAAAUGCCGUAAAUAAUGCGAAUGCAACAGAUGUACCAGCGAUCUCAGCUGCGGAUCCGCUUGGUGUAUUCGCCGCAUCAACUAGUAAUUCAACAAAUAAUCCACGUCCAUCCACGCUGCCAGCUCGUCCAUAUUCAAUUGCCGGUGAAUUAUUAGUGCAAAACAGCGACGAUGAUGUAACGAUGAACAAUCACAGCAGCAGUACUAAUAAACAGAGUAAAUCGUUAGACUCUGUGGUGGCCAUGACGCCUGACGAGGAAAAUCGUAAAUGCAUAAAUGAGUUUUUAAGUAAAAUCGAUUCAACCAUAUCCGAAUCGCGAAAAUAUGUGGAAAGGUCUAAAGAGAUGAUUACUAGCCAGAGUGCCAACGAUUUGUUCGUUACCACCGAUUUCGUACAGCACAGACGUAACAAUCACCUAAACAAUUCAUAUAAAACGAAUCAUCAAAACCAUCAGCGUCACAGCUCUUCAGGCAGCACUUCGGAUACAGCUCAGCUACUGAAUACUACACAAACGAGACAUGUGCAAAAGUCGCUGAAACGACUGGAAAAGCAGCAGGAUGAAUUUUUCGAAUUGUAGCAUACAAGUAGAAGCUACAUAAAAAGCAACCCUCUGAGUGCCGCUUAUAGAAAUUUUAAUAUUAGUUAUGAAAAAAAUUAAAAAUUUGCAGUUGCAAUAAGAAAGAACUAUGAAAGCAAAGAUAAAUCAAAAAACAAUGAGAUAUAUGUAUAUGCCCCUAUUAAGAGUAGAAUGCAAAUAUUUUAUACUAUAUACACACAAACAGCAGAAAGGAAAAUUGUUUAAGUUGAACGCUCUGUUAAAAACUAUUAUUCAAUACAAAAAAAAAAGACAUCUUAUUGAGUAUAUAA